AUGGAGAUAGCUCAAGAAUCACAUUUUAUUGACGAGUUAAAUAAAUCUGAAUGGGAAGAUCAUGACAAAUGGUCCGACAGUGAUAUUAAAAGUUCCGAUUCAUUUGGUUCAAGAAGGUUUAAUGAAACAGAUGAUGAAAAAACGAUAUUAUCUAUUUCAUCCGGUCAAUCCGAGACAUUUGUAUCACCCAAAACAAAAAAUGACGAAAAUGUUCUGACUUCUGAUAUAAAAGAAAGUAUUUUAAGAAAUGUAGAAAUAAAGUUAUCAAAUUUACACAAAUUUUACCCUGUUUCAAAAGAUUCGGGUUUAAAGUCAGCAUUUUGGAUACUAUAUCCAAAUCCACGAGUUUAUAAAUCUGAUGGAGUUGAAUUAUUUUUUGAUUUAGUUAAAUCACUUAAUCUAAUACCAAUAUCUUGUUUAAGACAGCAGUUAAAAAGUGACACAGUAAGUUUAAAACAUUAUUGUAUAGAUCCAAAAAUCAUUCAACCUUUAGUGGAAGCUUUACUUAAAAAUACGACAGUAAAAAAUUUGGAUUUACAAUUUAAUUGUUUAACAGCAAGUGCAUGUUACCAUUUAAGUAAACUUCUGUUUCAAAAUACUACGUUAUGUUCGUUAAAUCUGACAGCUUGUAAAAUUGGUGAAAGUGGUGCAGUGAAACUUAAAGAAGGCAUAAAAUAUUCACCAAAUUUGAGAGAUCUUAAUUUAAGUGGUUGUGAACUUGGAAGCAAAGGUUUAUAUUAUAUUGUAAAGGCAGUGUCAGUCAACAGUUUACUGCAAAAUCUUAAUAUUUCUAACAAUAAAAAAUUGUUUUCAUUCACUCAGUCUCUUAUAUCUGUGAAUCUUAGUUGGAAUAGUUUACAUACUAAAAUAGCUUCUGAAGCCAUAUAUAAAGGCUUAGCUGAAAAUUUAACAACAACAGAUAUUGAUUUAUCAUGGAAUUCAAUUGGCAACGAUAGCUUUCCUUAUAUUGGUUAUUUAGUAGCUAAUACUAAAUAUAUUAAAAGACUAAACCUUACAGCAAAUCGCUUAACCAGUGUCGAAGGAUUAAAAAUAGCAAAUGCUUUAUUAGCUAAUAGAUGCUUAGAAGAACUUGAAUUGAGUAAAAAUCCAUUAGGAUCACAGGGAGUUUCAGAAUUUUUGCAAAUGCUCAUUUCAAAUGAUUUUAUUUAUUGUCCAUUACUGUUACUUAAUUUUGAAGACUUAUGGGUGACAAAAGAUACUCUUUCAACAUUAACAGGUUUAAAAGAAAUAAAACCAGACCUUAACAUUAAAAUUGGUGGAAUUUUGGAAAACUAUAAAAUAAAAGGUCCAAAUUUAAAAGAACUAUUUUUAAAGGCAGCAAAUCACGAAGCUAUGAGUUGUAAAAAAAAGAAAGAUAGAAAAAAUUUUGGUAUUUUUAUUUUAUCAUUAGAAGAUUCUAUAAUAUCCAAAGAGGACUUUAUGAAGAUAUUAAGAGACGCCAAAAUAAGAAUAUCUGAUAAUCUAGCAAAAGAAAUUAUGAAUCAAUUUUUAGUAACCAAACAUACAAUAAACCAAGAAGAACUAAAGAUAUCGUAUAAAUUCUUUUUUCCAAAUACAAAAUUACCAGAUACAAUAUCUGUAGCUGCUACAGAUAAAACAGAAACAAAUACAAAGAAAAAGAAAAAGAAAUCAAAAAGAAAGAAAGGAAGAAAAGGAAAAAGAGGAACGAAAGGAAAGAGAGGUAAAAGACCAAAGAAAGGAAGAAAAUUAAGACUAAAGAAAAAGAUUUCCAAGAGAAAAGGCAAGAAGAAGUCUUAUUACUAA